CGCAGCAAGAGUAGGACAAGUUUAUAGCCCAAUGUAGAGUCGACUAAAGUUAGCGGGAAUACUCCGUCGUGUGACGGCUAGUGUGCUGGGGGUCCUUUUCAAUGUCGCUCCUCGGUCUAUUUCAAAUCUCGCGAUGUUCCUGACAACGAGACAGUGAAUUGGUGCUUUACGACGAAAAUUACGAAUCCUCACGAUGGGUCCGAAGUGUGUUAGUGUAUUAUUUCUAUUUAUUUUACACAGUGUGACCAGUUUUAACUUGGAACCGAGGAUUCCUGUGUUAAAGUUUGGAGAUGAAGGCUCUUAUUUUGGAUUUUCUGUUGCUGAACAUAUGACUAUUGAAAACAGAACUCGAAAUAUUGUGGACAAAACAAGUUGGUUAUUAGUUGGAGCACCACUGGGGCAGAAUCUGCAACCAAACACCACCAGAUCAGGAGCACUAUGGAAAUGCCCACUUACCUCACCUCUCGAUGACUGCAUUCAAGUCGUCACAGAUGGCAAAAGAACGAAGUACGGCAAGAUAGACAAUAGUGUAGAAUCGAGCAGACUGUCUGCUCCUCAUCAGGAUGAGAUCAAGGACGGCCAGUGGCUGGGAGUAUCCGUUAGGAGCCAGGGAGCUGGGGGAAUUGCUGUUGUAUGUGCUCACAGAUAUAUUCGAAAGUCAGGAGAGUCGCAAUAUGGUCAGGGCAUGUGUUACACGCUGAGUAACAAUCUUGAAAACGCUGAAAUGUGGGAACCUUGUUUAGGCAGAUCAGUGCAAAGAGAACACGAAGAAUUCAGCUUUUGCCAAGUAGGCACGAGCAGUUCACUACUCGAUGAUAGCACUUUAAUUCUGGGCAGCCCUGGACCGUUUACAUGGAAAGGAACAAUCUUCAUCCAUGAUGUGAACGAUAGCUACAUUCAAAGAGACAAUACCGUCUACAACGCACCUCUUGAAGCAGGGAAGAGCCCGGUUGAAAUGUACAGUUAUUUGGGUAUGUCUGUAACUGGUGCACCAUUUUUCGGAGAGAAGCCAUCAUACGCUGCAGGUGCGCCUCGUUCAAGAGGCACAGGCCAAGUGGUCCUCUUCAGCAAACGAUCAGCCAACGAUUACAAUGAUCCCAAUUUCAUGAUAUUGAAGACGAUAUUGGUGCUCAAGGGAGAACAGUUCGGAUCCAGUUUUGGUUAUGAGUUGGCUACUGCCGAUGUCAAUGGUGAUAAGUUACCGGAUCUUUUAGUCGGCGCGCCGUUUCGCUUCGACCGUGACUCUGGCGGAGCAGUGUAUCUGUACUUGAAUAAAGACCAUGAGCUUCCUACGAAAUUCAACCUUAGACUUACCGGCAAGCCAGAAUCUCAAUUCGGAAUAGCCAUCGCCAGCGCCGGAGACUUGAAUAAAGAUGGUUGUGAUGACGUAGCAAUUGGUAGUCCUUAUGAAGACGAUGGUGUUGUCUACAUCCAUAUGGGAGAUAGAAAGAAUGGUCUCCAUAGUAAACCAGAUCAGAUUAUCACCGCGCAGUCCUUACCUUGGGCAAAACGUUUGAUGAAAACCUUUGGGUACUCCUUGUCUGGUAAUAUUGAUUUGGAUGGUAAUGGAUACCCUGAUCUGCUGGUUGGCGCUUAUGAAGCUAGUGCCGUCGCCCUGAUCCGAGCAAGACCAGUAAUCGACAUUAAAACUUCAGUUCGUCCAUCACAUAUCAUCACCAACAUUGAUCCUUCCAAACACGGCUGCGACAGGGACCCAGGGGCCAACUACACCUGUUUCCAUUUGCAAGCUUGCUGUAUCAUCAAAUCUCUUGUAAAAUCCACGCAAAGUAAUACACACAAAAUUAACUACAUCAUAGAAGCUGAGACUUUCCCUGGCGGAAGAAAAUUUUCUAGAGUAUUCUUUGAUAAAGCCAAAACUAGAAUUGUGGAUAGAGCUAUUGAACUUCGAAAGGAUGUCGAAGACUGUAGGGAGCAUAUUGUUUAUUUAAAAAAUAAUACAAGGGAUAUACAGACUCCUAUCAAGUUUCAAUUAACCUACAAGUUAGUCCAUGAGGAGCCUCAAUUCAAAACAAGCGGCCUAUUACCCAACAUUGACGAGUACCCAGUGUUAAAUGCAACAGCAACGAUGACCUUCAGUGCUACGUUCUUGAACGAUUGUGGUGCGGAUGUAGAGUGCGUCAGUGAUUUAGUCGUUACACCUGAAUUGCUGUUGCCCAGGACAAACAACAGCUCCCCGUACUCACUGACGCUAGGACAAGAGGACGAGAUCAAAAUAUCCAUCGCGGUAGACAACUACGGCGAGUCCGCCUACGAGGCUGAGCUGCUCGUCGAACACCCAGCUAAUUUGCAUUACAUCGGUGCUGAUAUUAAGGAUAAACACAUUCUCUGUACAAGUACAAACACAACGAGGGUAUCUUGCACGCUGGAGAAUCCCUUCAAAAAGCAACCAAAAGAUAGUCCGCCAAUCAUAAUGAGAUUCGACGCCAGAGGUUUGGACGAUAGUAAACCUUCCGUGAUAUUCAGCGUUUGGGCCAAUUCCACCUCGAAGGAGGUACAUCCUGGCAAGACUCCUGUGAAACUUGAAGCCCUUGUUAUUAAGAAUGCUGAGUUAUCGAUCAAGGGUGUUGCCCGUCCGGAGCAAGUGUUCUACGGAGGAGAGAUUAAAGGAGAAUCAGCUAUGACAUACUUCGAUGACAUCGGUCCCAGAGUCAUACAUACCUACCAGAUAUUCAACUUUGGUCCAUGGAAGGUGCGGUCGGUGCAAGUAUCAAUCUUAUGGCCGUAUCAAGUGGCUUCAGAUAACGCACAAGGAAAAUGGCUUUUGUACCCUGAGGCGAUACCCACUGUCGAACAAGAACCUGGUGGAAACCAAGGGGAAUGUUAUAUAGAUAAAAGCAAAAUCAACCCUUUGAACUUAACUUUACGACCAGGAGCGCCAGAUAUUAUAUCAGAAAACUUAGAAAUUGAUCCAUUCCAGUUAAUGCGCAAAAAAAAUAUAAGGACUUCCUUAAAAAAGGAGAAUAUUGAAGACAAGAAGAUUGAAUCUGGUGGACUAAACAAAGUUAGAAAAAAACGGGAGACUAUUGUAAAAGCCGAGGCGUAUACUAAUAGUGAUGGAGAGAGAAAAAAUGUCGUCAAUAUGAAUUGUCAAGAGCGAACAGCGAAAUGUCUCCGCAUCCAAUGCGUCAUCUACCAACUAGAACGUAUGCAGGGCUCCAUAAUCACCAUAAAGGCGAGGUUAUGGAACUCUACUCUCGUUGAAGACUACCCUCGAGUUAGCAAUGUCAUCAUCGCCUCUGAUGCUUCUAUUGUUAUUCCUGACCAUUAUAAUAUUCAUCAGACGGAACAUGAAGAUGAUACAGCUAUGGUAAAAACCGUCGCUUAUUCAGACUUGAAGGCAACCGUACCAAUCGGGCCUCCCUAUUGGGUGAUCAUAAUAUCAGUUAUAAUAGGAUUACUACUGCUUAUUCUCCUCAUAUUUGCAUUAUGGAAGUUCGGCUUCUUUAAGAGAAGUCGACCGGACCCCACGCUGUCUGGAAACCUAGAGAAAAACAACCACGAGUCCAGUCCAUUCAUCGAAAGAGAUAGGUAUACCUCUCGAUAGCCGACAACUUACAGUUCUACAAUGAAUGUUACUGUAAACGUUGCGUGAAAUAGUGAACAUUUAAUAUCUCGAAAAUGUGAACUCGUUAAAUACAGUGAACAUGACUUUGAUAAUAGAACACAAAGUGUCGAAAUAAGUGAGUACGACUUUAGAAAUUCGAAAUGAAAAUCACAAAAAACUGAACACGUUAUAAUGAACUGGAACUGAAUUUAGAAAAAAAUAUUUUAGCCUAAGUAACAAUCAAUGUACAUAAUAAAGAUCAUAAGGAAUUGAAUUCACUGUUGGAUUUAGUUAUACGACAUGUGUUUUAGUAUAUAAUUAUAAAAUAUCUUUUGACUGUGAUGUCUUCAUAGAGGAAAAAUGCGUGUAAGUAUGUGAUGUUAAAAAUCAACAUGGUUUUAUUU